AUGCGGGUCCCGCCGGCGGGCACCUGGGCACUGCGCCCCACCCGGACGGAGACGGGGACACCCUUUCAGGGGUCCCAGGGUAACACUAUCUUCUCCCACCGGGCUCCUGGCCAUAUUGUUCUCCUUCUCCUCGUGAUAACUCCGCAGUGGAGGUGGAUUCUGUCCAAGACGCCCAACGUGGCUCCGCUCGGCAGUCAGCGCUGCAAUCCCGGCGGUUACCUCCGCGGCGGCGUCUCCCUCUGCGCCCCACUCCCGCCGCCCUGGCAGCCCGCGGCCCUCCCCAACUUAGGGCGUUUACAAAAGAAACUACUCCGGACGCGCUGCAAAGGGAGGCGCUUGUGCCCGAAAGCGGGCGAUCGGACGGGGCCAUUCUGCACGUGUGAUGUUUCUGGGGGGGUGUGUGUGUGUCCGUGUGUCGGGGUGGGCGGGAGGAGUCAGGCGGAAAGACAGGCGAGAACCUCUGCGAUGAAGGAUCGAGUCCUAAAAUGUAAGCUCUGGGUGACUAAGGAUCUGCGCUGA